AUGGGGGCCAGCUACGCGCUCCUGAUCGAGGAGCUUAAGGCGACGGUGGAGCGCAUGCGCGAGGUUGAGGUCGAGAUGGACGACGUGCGCUUGGCGCUGCGCGACGACCACGAGGAGGUGGAGACGUACACGGACGAGAUCGCCGACUGCCGCGACCGCAUCGAGGCCAUCGACGAGUUCGUGCGCGAGGUCGAGGCCGGGAACGUCCCGGCGCUGGGGGACGUCGACACAGUCGUGGCCAACAUGGCGGAGGAGCGCGAGGAGGAGGAGGGCAUGCUCAAGAUGCUGGGCGACGCGCGCGCGUGCCACGCGGAGCAGCUGCAGUCGCUGCAGACGCAACUCGCCACGCUGCAGGGCGAGCGGCUGCUGCUGCAGAAGAGGAGCUCCCAGAUCUGGUGCGUGCUCGGCCGCAAUGGGGUCUUCGCAUCGGUCAUGCAGCGACUGGCACAGCGCAGCGCCAAGGUGCUGUAA